UCGCGAGAUCUGCGGAGGAGGAGGAGGCGGCGGUUGCCGGAGCCAUGACGUCCGCCCUGGAGAACUUUAUCAACCGUACCGUCGCAGUGAUUACGUCUGAUGGGAGAAUGAUUGUGGGAACCCUGAAAGGUUUCGAUCAGACCAUCAACCUGAUUUUAGAUGAAAGCCAUGAACGGGUCUUCAGCUCUUCCCAAGGAGUAGAACAAGUGGUCCUCGGGCUGUACAUCGUAAGAGGAGACAAUGUUGCAGUCAUCGGAGAAAUCGAUGAAGAAACAGACUCCGCUCUCGACUUGGGAAAUAUACGAGCAGAACCGUUGAACUCUGUCGCACACUGAGGAGAAGGAGAAGCUGGAUUCAUGGGACUUGGCAAAUCGCUGGCUGUAAAGAACUGUUUAUCUGCGUUUGAUGCCGUAGCGUUUUUAUAAAUUGUGUGACAUUGCCAUCUACAGGGUCUGCACGCAUCUUUUGGUGAAUGUUUUGUAGUUGAACAUGUAAAUUAACAUUUUUAAAGUUAUUAAAUGCAAGAUUUUUCGUGAAGUU